UGAGUACUACGAAUUCAAGAAGAAGAAAAAUAGAAGGCCCGUCUUGAAUUACUUGGGCUGAGGCCCACUCAAAAUACCUAUAGCCCAAAAGAAAUCCAGAAAUGGAUAAUGAUGUGUCUCCUUCGCCUUUUCACUCGGUCUCUUCAGUCUUCACUUUCACUGUCCUACUCGCAACUCGCCAAGGUAACUUCCACUCCCACUCCGAUACUGUGUCCGGCAAAGCAGUGCCCAGCCGCUUACCUGCCUGUUCGACGGCGAUCAAGCUCGCCGUGAAACGCUCCCUUUCGGUGUACACUCCACCACUCCCGUUGCGACUCAGCUUCCACUCUGCCAACUCGUACCUCUUUGACCGAACUCUGCUCUUCGAGUAACCUCAUCAUCUCUCAGGCAAGGUAAUAAACCCUACUUACUUCAUGUUUGUAGCAAGACUGAGAGUUCUCAGAAUCUCAGUUGAGAUAUGGUAGUCUCCAUUUCGACGGUCUGGGGAGAAUCGGGGGUGCAGAUAACAUUUCUAGGGUUUUAAUAUCUAGGCUUUGUCGUCCCAGCCGCAGGGAGCCGAGGAACUCACUCUUGGCGUCACAAUGGAAGAAAUCGACAGAUUGAGCGAUCUCCCAGACGGUAUUCUUCAUCACAUUCUCUCCUCCCUGGACACCAAGUCUGUUGUCCAGACCAGCGUGCUGUCAAGCAGGUGGAAGUUGGUCUGGAAGCAAGUUCGUAUUCUCAAUUUCCGCAGAAGCUCGUUUGGGAAUGACCUGGGAUUCAUGCAGCAUGUAGACCAAGUUCUGUCCUCCCGCUCGGACUGUGAUGUUCUCAAAAUUAGCACCGACUUUCGGAUCGGAAGAAAUUUGGAUAUGUUUGGUAGGAUCAUGGAAUAUGCUGCCUUUCAUGGUGUUCAGCAGUUAUCCUUACUUCGUAUCAUCGAAAAUGAAUGGUACAGUGUGUUCUCGGAUGCUAUUGCCAUGAUCUGUGGUUGUUAUCAAACUCUGAAAGUCUUGGAAUUGCAGCGGGCGUGCUUGAACAAGACUGCAUUCGAAAUGUUGUCCAGUCUGGAACUGCUUGAAACUCUGACUUUGCAGUCCUCCCACUUUGAGUUCAGUGGUACGAAUGAAGCACAGGAUCCCUUUGCUAAUUUCCCCAAAUUGGAAAACCUGCAACUACUACACUGCUCUUCGGUCAGCCUUUCAGCUGAUGAUGACUCGAAUCGUGUUUUAGUCGUAUCUGGGCCUCAACUGCUUUGUUUGGAGAUACAUAGGCCACAGUUUGACUCGAUCCAAAUAUGUGCUCCUAAGCUCAAAUCCUUCACUUAUUGGUCUGAUGUUCUUCCUCAUCUGCUACCAACAGAAGGGUCCAAUUGGAACCUUCCUUCUCUCCGUCAUGCAACUCUGGACCUGUUGAGAAGCAAUGAUGUAAUUUUGUAUUUUAACGCUGAGCAGAAGCAAUUGCUGCUAAAACAGUUUGUCAACUUGUUCCAUGCUUUGCGUGAUAUAGAAUCACUCAGCUUGCAUUUGGAUACAAUUGAGUUGUUGAUUCAGGCUUGUAACUCGGCGAAACAUCAACCUUCACCCUUUAGGAGAUUGGAGUCCCUGAGUUUGUUGUAUUCUAAUGGAUCUUUCAGCAGCGUACCAUACCAAGUGCUGCGUUUCUUUCUUGAAGGCUCUCCUAAUGUGGGCGACAAGUAUCUAACUGUUGACAAGAGGCCACGGGCCAAAAAACAUGAGUUAGUAAUCGGUUCAUCAGUGCCAAGGCUAAAUCUCACACCACGUGUGAUUCCUGAAUCUGCAACGAGAACAUAGGAUCGGAAUUCAGAAGAGCUUGGUAUGAAUGUCCAGAAUCCUUUCUGUAUGUAUUAUUUGCGAAACCAUGUGUUGUCUAUUAGCCCAUCUAACUAGCUGAGCAGCUUUCAGCGUGCUCUAGCCUUUUGUUGUCAUGGUUAGUUGGUCCUUCUAACUAGUUGAAUUGUGCGGUAUCCUUUUGUUGUCCUGGUAAAUGUAGUCCACCCUUCCCUUAAGACGAACUGUUGGUAUGUAUGAACUAACAAGUUAAUUUGGGUUAAUUAAGUCGACAAUUCGAU